AGGAAGACUAAACGUGGCUCGGGUGGCGCAGGGUUGGGCUGGGGCGACUUCUGGGGAACUUAGCCGGGGUCGAGCCCCUAGAGCUGCGGAGGCCUCUGCGGUCGCCUCCCCGCUCGCCCUCCGCACCUCCCCCGCCCCCGGCUGUGUUCGGGCUCCCCCCGGGACCGAUGUCGCGCGCUUGCGUGCUGCGGCCAAAGCUCCCGACCCGGAGGCCGGCCCCAAAAAGCCCCGAGCGAGUAGGGGGCGGCGCGCAGGAAGGGAGGAGGGCCGGGGGCGUGGGGGAGUGGUGGUGGGUGUUCGGGGGUGGAGAUGUAGAAGAUGUGACGCCGCGGCCGGGCCGGUGCCAGACCAGCGGACGCGGUGCCCGCGGUUGCUGCCGGAUCCCGGGCGCUGCAGCUAGGGCAGGCGGCCCUCCUGAGCGGCCGCCGCGGAGACACCCAGCCCUAAACCCCAACUCCCGAGCCCCGCGGCGCACCGCGCGCUAGGGCAGCCGGAGAGCGGAGAGGCCGAGAGGCUCGAGGCUGGGGGCCCGCGGGCGCGGUCGCGCGCUGCCGGCGGCUGCAUCUCCCGAGCAAAGUUUCCGAGAGCGUAAGCUCCGGUGCGUAAGCGCUGUGUGCAUCGUGUUUGCUAAUAGCCCACGGACCAAACCCAGUCAGCGUGGCCCAGGAUUGGAGUCAGUACGGGCAGAGGCUACAUAUGCUGGGUUUAAUCUGCCAUCUUGGCACUUGUUUUCUAAUUUCCCCAUCUGUUCUUUGUCCAGUUUCUCUUUUCCUUCCUUCUUUUGGAUUAAUUUGGUACUUUUUUUGUAUUCUAUUUUGCCUUAUAGCCCAGCUGCCAACUGUUUGGGUAGGUCAGCAGUUAGCCUUGCUCUUGAACUCAACCCCUGGCUUGUCUUGGAAGAUCUCUCUUCAUCCUGCUUUGCAUUUGGUGAAGGCUCAUUGCUUGUCAGAGGGAUCUUACUCAGAGAUUGUCCUGCUCCUAGCCUUCAGCGAACUGCUGCUUUGCACUCAGCAAAAAUUUCUCAGCCCUUCUGUCGUGUCCCAGCCUUUGAUGUGUGUUGGUUGUGCACUGGGUGCAAGCUGUGUGAAAGAGAACUGGCAGUCAAACUGCAACUUCAAGCGGAAGAGAGAGGGGUUGUAUCCAUCAAAGGAGUAUGUGCAAAUCGCUAUCUUGCCAUGAAGGAAGAUGGAAGAUUACUGGCUUCUAAAUGUGUUACCGAUGAGUGUUUCUUUUUUGAGCGACUGGAAUCUAAUAACUACAAUACUUACCGGUCAAGGAAAUACUCCAGUUGGUAUGUGGCACUGAAACGAACUGGGCAGUAUAAACUUGGACCCAAAACAGGACCUGGGCAGAAAGCUAUACUUUUUCUUCCAAUGUCUGCUAAGAGCUGAUCUUAAGGGCAGCAUCUGAUCUCAUUUCACAUGAAAGAAGACAUACAUUUUCGAAAUUCGUUAAUCAAAGAAAAAAAAUGUGUACAGCUACCUGCUCAGUUUGGAGAAUGGUCAGAUAGCCUUUUAUCUAAUAGUUAAUAUUUAACCAUUGCCUUACUAAAGAAAAGCAACAAAAAUUCCUGGAAAAUGUAUAGACUUCCACCUUUUAUACUGCAUUUGCCUUUAUCCAGUGAAGCUUACUUAGAGCUACAGUCUUUUUCAUACAUUUGCUUCAUCUGAAAAGAGGCUUUUAAAAUUUGCACAUUUUCAUCAAAGAAGUUUUCUUCAUGAAAAUUAUACACAUUAGAAAAUUAAAGUCAGAUAUUUAGUUAACUCCAAAUAUCCACUACAUUUUAUAAUAUGGCACACAUUAUUCUGCAUAUACAAUUUACUUACCAUUUUUUAAAACAUGCAAAUAUGGAUUUAAUCUGUUCCUGUCAUAGUUCUGUAAUUGUCUGGCAGUUCCUUGUGAUAGAGUUUAUAGAACAAGCCUGUGUAAACUGCUGGAAGUUCUUCCAUGGUGAAAUCAAUCUUGUCAAACCCUUCUCUGUACCCAUAGAGCAGCAGCCUAGCAACCCUGCUGGUGAUGGGAGUUGUAUUUUCAGUCUUAACCAGGUCAUUGAGAUCCAUCCACUCACACCUUAAGCAUUCAUGCUGGCAAAAAUUUAUGGCGAAUGAAUGUGGCUUUAAGCGACAGAUGAUAUACAUAUCUGAUUUCCCAAAAGCUCCGGGAUUGGUGUGUUGUUGCCGAAUGCUCAGGAGGGACCUGAAUUCUGAUUUUAUACCAGUUUCUUCCAAAACUUCUCGAACUGCUGUGUCUCCUACAUAAAAGAAAGAUGUACAAAUCAGUAAGGAUCACAUUUUUAGAAAUUUAAUCAUCAAAGAUUUUCAGAUAAAGUAGCAUUAUCUAACGGUUGAAAAGCAAAAAACUUCAUCCUAGGCAAGUAUUCAACAUAAACUCUUUGCCUUCUGGACAUCCUGAAAUACCAAAGUAUUUUUUUACCACUGUGCAUCUUAGAAGCUUUUGAAAUAUUGACUAUUUCUUUGGCUGCUAUUUGUAGGCUUACCCACCUGUAUAUUUUGGGGGUCGCAUUUUUAACCUCUUCCGACUCUACUUCCUAAAAAUUGAAAACAUAGGUUCCUGCAGUUAAUAUUCCUAUAUAUUUCUUCAUUAUUAUCCUGUUUGUGAUCAUCCAUCAAAACUGCCUAAACUUACACAUAUCAGUAUUGAGAAAAAGUGAUUCACUCUUCCUUACCAAAGUCCGUAGCGCUGCAGAAUGUAUUGAGCUGUGACUUGGCAGGGGCUGUCAAGCCUCUGACGUCCUAGAGCAGUUUCAUUUAUAACCAUUUUGUUGUGCUCUCCUAGUUAUCCUGUCAAUGGAAUCCCAAUAUGGUAAUUUUUGGCAUUUCCUUGGUUUCUUGAGAUUCCAAGAACUAUUUUAUCAAAAGUGUUAGCAAAAAACCACAAUUUACAGAAUUUUAUAAUACAAGGGUUUCACAUUUUAUAAGGUUGAUUUUUUUCAAUAUUAUGCAAAUUUCUGGGGCACGAUUUUGAUUGCCAUUAACAUUUUUGCAGUUGCUUUUUCUAAAUCUCCAGAAGAACCCCCCUGAAUGGGCUUUCUCAAAUUUUGUGACACUCUGUCGCUACCUCCCAAGGUGUUCAUGAGAAACGCCUUAUAAAGCUGCCUCCUUUGCUCAGUUUGCUGGAAGCUUCCCAAUUCCACAAUUGCCACAGGCAUAGAUUUUUGUUCAAGGACCUCUAUGCAAUGCUUCUAUUUCCUUGUUUGUCAAACAGAAAAUUAUAUUUGCCUUCUCAGUAGUCCUACUGGUGAAGAAUAGGCAAGGAAGAGGAAGUCAAGGGAAAAAAAAUCUCAAUUUCCACGUAUUUUGACUAUAGACUAUCUUAAUUUCCUACAUAUACUUGUGUGUUUUUUCCCCCCCUCUAAGAAACAGCUCUAGAAAUAUGCACAGGAAAAGCAAAGUGUUCUAAAAUAUAAGACAUCUGUUUGCCAUUUUGAAUUAUAUGUUGACUUUCCCUUCGCUUGAGAUUUGCCAUAGAUUAAACAUGGUUAGAACUUACUGUUUUAAACUAAAAACAUAAAAGAAUUUAUGUGAAUAAAAGGAAAAUCUUCCUUAAUAAGAAAAAUUUCAGCUUGGAAUACAAUAUAUGUUUGUUAUUAAAUUUGUUACAGAUUGUG